AUGAAAUUAUUUAUUUUAAUUAUAAUUUUAUCUUUUUUUUUAAAAAAUGUUUAUUGUAAAAAUAAUUUCAAAAUUGUAGAUCCAAAAUAUGUAAAAGAAAUUCAUUCAAAUGAAGCUUCAGUUAUUUACAUUUUGGAUAAUAAAAAUAAUCUCUGGGCAAAAAAUACAACUGAAAAUUUUGAAUCUAAACAUCUUAUUAAAUUAAUUCCAUUGGAAAAUCCAAAGAUAUUAGGAUCAUUUUUAAAUGAUACUGUAAGUUUGUUUAUUAUUGGUUCAAAAUACCAAGAAUUAUAUUAUAACUAUAAAAUAUUUGACCCUUUAUUUAAACCCAUAUUAUUGAUUUCAAAUUACAAUAAUUAUCACUAUUCAAUGAAUAUUCAAGAUGGUGGUAAAUCUAUUAAUUUUUAUUCAAUGACAACAAAGAGAAAUCAAGGUAUUGAUUAUUUUUCAAUUUCAAUUGAAAAUCUUAAUAUUAAAGAUUCAAAUUUUGAAAAUGUUAUCAAUUUAAAUGCUUUAACCAACAAUAAUAAUAAAUUAUUUAUAACUAAUAUUAGUGUUGAUUCAAAAUCAAUUGAAUCUUUCAAGUUUUCUCAUGAUAAAUAUAAUGAUAUUUAUCGUUGUUUAAUUAAAGAAAAACAAACCAAUAAUACAUGGAUAGUUUCAUUGGAAAAAGGAUCAAUUGGAAUGUUUAAGGUUGAUAUGGGAGUUGUUAAUUUUGAUAAUAUUAUAUUUGUUUCAAAAGAUUUUAAAUCUAUGAUGUUUAGUUAUAUUGGUAAUCAUAGUAAUUUAAUGGCUGUAUCCUGUGAUUUAAAAAAUAAUAUAACUAAUAUUGAAGAAAUGGUUUUACAAUCACCUAAUAAUUCCUAUCAAAUUAUUUCAGAUGCAAAUAAGGAAUUUAUGUUUUUAUCUUGCAAGACUUUGGCAGAAUGCUUUUUACAUACAUUUUCAUCAAUUGAUUUUUCCUUUAUUUCAACAACAAGAUUAUUUAGAUUAAAUUUGGAUGGUAAUACUCCACUCUCAAUUAACUCUGUUUAUUAUGUUUUCAGAAGAAAUAGAAUUGAAUUAAAUGAUGAAGAUGAUACUAUACUUAUUGCAAUCCUAGUUCCAAUAUUUACUUUUUCCUUAGUACUUUUAGUUGGCUUAUCUUAUUAUUUUAUUGUUGUAAAAAACAAAUCACAAAAUAAACACAAAGAAAAAAAAUUGGAAAGUGUUGAAAUUCCAAAAGAUAUAAUAACAAGUGGUGCUGACUUUGAAAUUGAUUAA